AUGGACCGUAUGCCCCACCCACAGGCCGGCUUCCAUCCUCAACCUCGGCGGCUGCGCUCGUUUCUGCCGCGAGUACUGCGCGGAGGCGACCCCAGCGCCGUCCGCACCCACGCGGCGAGAACUGCACUUUCUCUGCCCGAAAUGGCCGGACGUGAUUGGCAGCCCGAGCCCUGGAGCCCCGCCCUUUACUUCCGGAGGAAGGAGGCGGAAGUGGCGUCACUGGUUCGCGCCGUCUUUUUGCCCGCGUGCGGGGAGCGCCGUGGGGGGCAGGAGAGCGGUAAAGGACAGAAGGAGAAGAAUUUCCGCUGCUCGAGUCCCGUUGCUCAGGCCCCGCGCGCUCCGGUUCUCACGGACCUGGCGACCCCGUCGUGUUCCCGUAUUCUUUCUAAGGACCCUUUCUGCCUGCCUGAGGAAAAGAUAGAGGCAGAAAGGAUGGUGACUGACUGUUUGACAAGUUGUUCUCAGGACUCAGUGACCUUCACUGAUGUGGCUGUGCACUUCACCCGAAGGGAGUGGACUUUACUGGACUCAGCUCAGAAAAAUCUGUACAGAGAUGUGAUGCUGGAGAACUACGAGAACCUGACCACAGUAGGGUAUCAGUUGUUCAAACCCAGUCUGAUCUCUUGGUUGGAACAAGAGGAAGAGUUGAGGACAGUGGAGAGAGGAGUCUUGGAAGAAUGGGAAAUGCAGCUUAAAACCACAGACUCUGCAAUUCAGCGGGAUAUUUUUGGUGAAAAAACAUCCAAUAGGAUAGAAAUGGAAAGAAUCCACAGUGGUUGGGAGCUCAAUGAUUGUGAGGAAUCUGGCAAAGUCUUCAGUGAGCAGUCAUGCCUUAAAACACACAGGAGAACUCAAAAUGGAGGAAACCCUCAUGAGGAUAAUCAGGAUGGAAAAAGCUUUAGUCUGCACAAGAAAACCUCUACUGUAGAGAAACUUUCCAUGUUUAAUCAGUGGGGAGAAGCCUUCAGACCGCCUCCAGAUGCUGAGUACUGGAAAACUACCAUGCAAGAGAAAGCCUUUGAAUGCAGUGAUAGUGGGAAAGCCUUUGCUGAUCAAUCCUACCUUAAGGCCCAAAUGAGAACUCACAAUGGAGAAAAACUCCAUGAAGGGAAGGAAAGUGGGAGAUCUUUAAUUCACUCCACAAACUUUGGUGUGCAUAUACAAACUUACACUGGUAACAGUCAUUAUGAAUGUAAGGAAUGCAGAAAAUCUUUUAAAGGCUCCUCACACCUGAACACUCACGUUCAGGUUCACACUGGAAUAAAACCCUUUAAGUGUAAAGAAUGUGGGAAAGGCUUUAAAAGAUAUGUGCAUCUUAACAUACACAUGCGAACUCACAAUGGAGAGAAGCCCUAUAAAUGUAAGGAAUGUGGGAAAGCCUUCAGUCGAUAUGCAUACCUUAUUGACCAUAGAAGAACUCACUCUGGAGAGAAGCCUUUUAAAUGUGACAAAUGUGGAAAAGCCUUUGCUUCCUCCUCAAAUCGUAGUAAACAUUUUAGAACUCACACUAGAGAGAAGCCUUUUGAGUGUAACGUAUGUGAAAAAAGAUUUGCCAGUUCUUCGUCCUUAAUGAUUCAUAAGCGUACUCACACUGGAGGGAAUCUCUAUAAAUGCAAGGACUGUGGGAAAGAAUUUAGUUGUCUUAAGUACCUUGAGAGUCACGGACAAACUCACACCAGAGAGAAACCCUAUGAAUGUAAGAAAUGUGGGAAAGGCUUUAAACGUUCUGCACAUCUUAUCGUUCACAUGCAAACUCACACUGGAGAGAAACCCUAUGAAUGUAAGGAUUGUGGGAAAGCCUUCACUCGAUACGCAUCCCUUAUUGAACAUAGAAGAACUCACACUGGAGAGAAGCCUUUUAAAUGUGACAGAUGUGGGAAAGCUUUUGCUACUUCUUCAAAUCUUGGUAAACAUUUUAGAAUUCAUACUGGAGAGAAGCGUUUUGGGUGUAAUAUAUGUGGGAAAAGAUUUACCAGGUCUUCAUCCAUAGUCAUACACAUGCGUACUCACACUGGAGAGAAACCCUAUAAAUGUAAGCAAUGUGGGAAAGCCUUCAUUCGAUCUUCACACCUCAUUGACCAUGUGAAAACUCACACUGGAGAGAAGUUCUUUAAAUGUGACACAUGUGGGAAAGCCUUUUCUACUUCCUCAUAUCUCAAUAAACAUUUUAGAGCUCAUAGUGGAGAAGAGCCUAUUGAGUGUAACAUAUGUGAGAAAACAUUUACCAGUUAUUGGCCCUUUAUCAUUCACAAGCGUAUUCACACUGGAGAGAAGCCCUAUAAAUGUAGAGAAUGUGGGAAAGACUUUAGUAGCUUUAUGGACCUUGAAAGUCACAAGCAAACUCACGCUAGAGAGAAACCCUAUGAAUGUAGGGAAUGUGGGAAGGCCUUUACUCAAUAUGCAAGCCUUAUUGACCAUAGAACAGCUCACACUAGAGAGAAGCCUUUUAAAUGUGACAAAUGUGGGAGGACCUUUGCUACUUCCUCAAAUCGUAGUAAACAUUUUAGAACUCACAUUGGAGAAAAGCCUUUUGAGUGUAAUCUGUGUGAGAAAAGAUAUACCAGUUCCAGGUACUUAAUCAUUCACAAGCAGACUCACAGUGGAGAGAAGCGCUAUAAAUGUAAGUAAUGUGGAAAGGACUUUCCAUGUUCUUUGCACCUUAGCGUUCAGAAGCAAAGUCAUAUUGGAGAAAAACUCUAUUAAUAUAAGCAGUUUGGGAAAGCCUUCACUCACUCCUCAGGCCUUAGUGACCACAUGAAAGCUCACAGUGGAGACAAGCCUUUUAAAUGUGACACAUGUGAGAAAGCCUUUGAUACUUCCUCAAAUUUUAAUAAACAUUUUUUAAACAGAAGCCCUUUUGACUGUAAUAUAUGUGGGAAAACUAUUUAUGAAUUCUUGGUACUUUAUCAUUCACAAGCAUGCUCACAUUGGAGAUAAAUCUUAGAAAUGUAAGGAAUCUGGGAAAUCCUUCAGUUUCUCACUUCCUUUUGGUGUCAGGAAAGAACUCCCCUGGAGAGAAGUUUUCUCUGUGUGAGGAAUGUGGUAAAGCCGUCAGGAGUCCUGAUUCACUCCAAAGACAUGGAAGCACCACGCUGCAGAGAUGCUCUCCAACGUGAGAAAUGAGAGAAAGCCAUCAGACUCCUCAUAGCAUAGCGUGUAAGGACUCACAAGGAAGCCAUCCUAUUAAGAAGCAUGGAAAGCCCUUCCCCAUUUCCUCAGUGAAAUAUAUAUUUCCUAUAUGUGAAAGAGCUUGCAGUGGAGAGAAAUCUAACUGAUAUAAGAUAUGUGGAAAAAUUGUUGUGCUAAUGUUCACUUGUCAUUUUGCUUUGAAGAAAAGCUUUAUGAAUGGAAGAAAUGUAGAGUCAUCCUUAUCUUCCAUUGGAUUGAUUUUCAUGCUUAAUAAACAUGGGAUGAUUCACA